GUUCUUUAAUUUUCGUCGCCGGUGUCGCUUCGCCGGAAAUUCGAGGCGCUGCCGCCUACGAUCAACUGUCGAUCAGGUUUCCGGUGAUCGUUGAAGAGGUUGCUCGAAAUUUUGAAUGAAAGAAGAGUGGAAAGUGGAAAGUGGAAAGUUUAGUGUACGGAUUGAAGACGAAAAAUGUCUUUUCAGAACAAAGGAUUUUGGAUGGCAAAGGGCCCUGGGCAUAUAGCUGAUGGAGAUGCAGCAUUUGAUAAUCCUUCCAGGAUUGAACCAAAAAGGCCUCAUCAAUGGUUUGUCAGUACUGGUGAAGCAGAGCUGUUUCCAAACAAGAAGCAAGCGGUACAAGCUCCAAACGACAAAUCAAGUGUUGAAAUAUCUAAUGCAAAUGUUCCUUACUGGGGAAACACUUCUAAUUUUCAGUCAGUUCCAAACCAAUUUAUUGACCGGUUGCUUGGAUCUGAAUCUGCAAGGACCGUCGGUUUUACUGAAAGGAACUUAUCUCCUGUUGGAACAGAUGACAUGAGAAGAAAGGGUAUUGAAGAACAUUUUGGAGAAGAUGCAUCUGCUGGAUUGUCAAUGUCUCAUGCUAUGGAAGAUUCUGAAACAUUUAGCUAUGGUGGAUAUAGAAAAGUGAAAGUCAAUCAGGUUAAGGACUCCAACAAUGGUAUGCAUCCUCCAAAGGAACAUAGUCUUGAUAUUGAUAGUAAUAAUGACUUGUCUACAGCACAUGCCUAUAACAAGGAAAUCCAAAGUAGUUAUAUGACAAUGGGGCAAGCCUAUAAUAAGGAGGAUGACAAUGUUACAUUGAUGGGUCAUACCUAUAGUAGGGGGGAUGUAAAUAUUAGAUCAACAGGUCGAACUUAUGGCAAGGUUGACGAUGGUGCCAUAUCUUUUUCUGACACCUAUCGGAAAGAAGAUGCCAAUAUAAUAUCUUUUGUUGGAUUUGAUGACGAACAUGAUAUUAUCCCUGUGGGGCAGCCCAUUAGUGGCUAUGACCCACCAUACUCUUCAGUUCAAACUUCAGAAGCAGCCUCUGGAAAGCAGUUGAAUGCAUCAAAUGUGAAUGCGUUUGCAGCCGUGCCUCGAGUUGCUAAAUCAAAACUUGAAUCUGUAUCCAAGAAUAAACUAGAGUUGAAAAGUUCCAGGAAAGAAGCUCCAAACAGCUUCCCUUCAAACGUUAGAAGUUUGAUAUCAACUGGUAUGCUUGAUGGGGUCCCUGUGAAGUAUGUUUCUUUGUCACGGGAGGAGCUUCGUGGUGUUAUAAAAGGCUCUGGUUAUCUUUGUGGGUGUCAAUUAUGUAAUUACAACAAGGUGCUAAAUGCUUAUGAGUUUGAGCGCCAUGCUGGUUGCAAAACAAAGCAUCCGAACAAUCACAUAUACUUUGAGAAUGGAAAGACUAUCUAUCAGAUAGUGCAAGAAUUAAGGAGCACUCCUGAGAGCUUGUUAUUUGAUACAAUUCAAACUGUUUUUGGUGCACCUAUUAAUCAGAAAUCUUUUCGCAUUUGGAAAGAGUCAUUUCAAGCAGCGACUCGGGAGCUUCAGCGAAUAUAUGGAAAGGAAGAACUGAACCUGUAAGAUGUAUAAUGGGCAUUUGGAAAGAUGUAAGAUAGAAUAAUCUCUGUGCAUAGUAACAAGUAUUUUGGUGGUAACUCUGUCAUGAUGAGCCAACUUAAGAGGUUUUUAUUAGAUUGGUGCACAAUUGUUUAGGACUUACAAUUGUGCUUCUUAGUUCAUGGAGAACGAUGUUUUUGACUUUUGAUAUACAAAAGGUGUGUAGUUAAGAAUACAAGAAGAGAGCUUAUGUAAUUUAGGUUGGAGAUGUAGGCCUUGUGUGGAAAUGUGUCACAUUUUGGUGUCAUCAAAAUUAUUCUGUGGCAAUGUAAUCACCCUUUGGUCAUUCUAGUUUCACAUUUUGUUCUAUAAAUUAUUAUGUGACAUAACUCUUAAUCGUAAUACUCUUCGA